AAACAAAUGUCACGUGCACAGUGCUGUGUUGUUUCGUAAUUUUUAAUUAAAAAAACAUUAUGGUGCUUGACGAAAAUGAUAUGACACUGGUCGGGCCAUGAAGUACUUAAUAAAUGAUGUUCACUGUAUUCGCUUAAUGUGCUCGCCAGUGUAUGCGUAGAGUGUCCACAUAAUUCUUGCCAGAAAAUCAAUCUGCUCGCGUUGUUUAAAACGUCAAAAGUAUCACAAGCGUCAUGAGUCAGGAAAAAGACCGAGAUGUUUUGUUGUAUGCACCUUUCGAGUCAUUCGUACAUACAACGUUUUGGCACAAACUCUCGCAAAUUAAACUUGAAAUAGACAAACUGAAAGAAGAAGCCAGACCAGUAUGGGGUUGUUAUACUUGUACCACACCUCCCGCAAUGUGUUCUGUCCAUGUUGAUUUUAGUUCGUAUAAUCAAGACUUUCAAGAUCAACCACUUGCAUUACCGAUGCAUGGGACUAUUAUAAAUAAGAACACAUUAGAGUCAUUCAAGGAAUAUAACAAAGUGCAGCUUUUAGAUGAAUAUGGACAAAACUUAUUGUCUUCAAUAAGGACAGCAGAAGCUUUGAAAAAUCCGUCUCUGCUUUCCAGGUUUAUCUUGCUGACAUACGCUGAUUUAAAAAAAUACCACUUCUAUUACUGGUUUGCAUUCCCAGCCAUAAACUUGCCAUCCAUUAAACUGUUUCGACCGCCAAGAAAACUGAACACAUUAUUUAGUGGAGAUCAGAUGCAGCAACUUCUGGAUGCCUAUACAAAUAUUAAAGACUGGAAACAACGUCCAUUUUUCUUAGUACAAGUACAAAGUGGUAAAGUUUCCAUACUUCCGCUAUGUGACAUUGAUUUACUGAAACAAGAAUGUCAUAUAGAAAAUGAAAAUAAUAUAACAAAUGGAUUGUAUCUUGGGUUUGCUGAUCCAUCAGUAUUACCUGCUAAUCCUGGAUGGCCAUUACGGAACCUACUGGCGCUUGUCAUCUACCACUGUAAAGAGAUUUUAGGUAAACCACUUCAGUUAAUAGCUCUACGCCUACAAAAAUGUGGAGAUGGUCAAAGUUGGUCUGCAUUCUCCAGUCUUGUACUAAAUAUUGAACUACCUACUGAAGAUAAUGCGCCACCAAAGAUAACUCCAUCAUGGAUUGGUUGGCAACGCAAUGAAAAAGGAAAAUUUGGUCCUCGACUUGCCAAACUCAGUGCUUCUAUGGAUCCUGCCAAGCUUGCUGAAACAUCUGUACAGCUGAACUUAAAACUGAUGAAGUGGCGACUUGUGCCAAAUCUGGAUCUUGAUGUGGUGCGACAAACUCGCUGCCUCCUCCUUGGAGCUGGAACAUUGGGCUGUGCCGUUGCGCGUACUCUUCUUGCAUGGGGAGUGCACACCAUAACAUUUGUAGACAGUGGCACUGUUUCUUUUUCAAAUCCAGUUAGGCAGUCACUGUACAAAUAUGAAGACUGUUUGCAUGGGGGCCAUCCUAAGGCUGUUGCAGCAGCUGAAUCUUUGAAAACUAUUUUUCCUGGAGUUAAUGCGUCUGGCUAUCAGUUACAUAUGCCGAUGCCAGGACACACUGUUGGGGAAGUCAUGCUUCCUGAGGUCCAAAAAGCUGUUCUGAAACUGGAGCAGCUGAUAGAGAACCACGAUGUGAUAUUUCUUCUGACAGAUUCAAGAGAAAGUCGUUGGCUACCAACAGUUAUUGCGACCAGUAAGGAAAAGUUAGUGAUGACAGCUGCUUUGGGCUUUGAUACAUUUGUCGUCAUAAGACACGGGAUGCGCAAUCAGAAGAAGGAUGUAGCUGUUGCACCAGAUGGUCCUCAGCUUGGAUGCUACUUCUGCAGUGAUGUGCUAGCACCUGGGAAUUCACAGGUAGAUCGAACUUUGGAUCAGCAGUGCACUGUGACGAGGCCAGGAGUCUCAGCAGUUGCAGCAGCAUUGGCUGCCGAGCUACUGGUGUCAGUCUUGCAACAUCCACUAAGAGGGCAUGCCCCAGCAGAGGGUGUGUUGGACUCAAAUAAGACGCUGUCUUAUGACAGUCAGUGUCCACUGGGCAUUGUCCCUCAUUCAAUAAGAGGUUUCUUAUCAUCAUAUGAACAAUUGAUAUGCGUCAGCCAUGCAUUCCAGAGCUGCACAGCUUGUUCCAAAAUGGUGAUUCAAGAAUAUCAGCAGCAAGGAUUUGCUUUCUUGAUGGCAGCUUUUAACAAUCCUCAUCAUCUGGAAGAUCUCACAGGCCUCACAGAAAUACACCAAAAGAGUGAAGAUGCAGAGGUGUGGGAGCUCAGUGACACGAGUGAUACAGAAUAAGAGAUAGCAUAUGUUUCAUGCUCUGAUGCAUGUAAUUAAAAUACAUUGCUAUAUUUCAUUUUCAGACUGCUGCUUUACCUCGGUUUGAUGCUCAGUAAAAAGUUUGCUAGUCUUAUUCACAAUAAACAUGCCGCAAAUUUUGGACUUUA